AUGGAGUUCUGCAAUAAAGAUGUAAUGGCUUUAGAUGGGCAACAAAAUGUAUCCCAUGAUGCAGUUCGAACAUUGGGCAAUCAGACAGAAACUGAAAGGUGUGAAAGCGUGGAGCUGAACACAGAUAUCUGUAUGCAGAUUCAGAGAAACAAUAUGUUGAAGAAAGGGGAAGAUCGUCUGUCCGUUUAUAAACACCAAGCAUGUUUUUCCAGUACUUUAUGUUCCUUUAAGAUUUUAAAGAAGACAGAUCCUUGCUGUGAUCUCCAGGUGCCAGAAACUCAGUGCCUUAGGCAAACACGGAAGAACGGUAUGACUUUCGAGGCUUAUCAACACAAAAUCUAUAUGUUAGAAAAACAGAAGGCAGAGUUGCUGCAGGUGAACAAGCAGUGGGAUCAACAAUUUCGAAAAAUGAAACUGUUUUAUGAAACAACGGUCUCAGAACUGCAAAUCAAAUUAUCUUCAUGUCAAGAACAAGACCUAUUUAAAGAAGGCACGCCAUUAGAGAAAGACAAACUUAUUCCACAGUUGAAAAUACAAGAUACUCAUAAUGCGGAGCUGCUUAAAAUGAAAGAAGAAAAUCAGCGGCUGAGGAAACAAAAUGCUUUGUACAGCAGGAAAAGGGAGCAAUAUAAGCAUGAAAUUCAUCGCCUUAAUCAGGUUCUUGAAGCUACACAGAAAGGCAGUUUACAAAGGUGCCAGGCAUGUUUAGAGCCAACAAACGUCAACAUAGAUUAUGAAGAACUAUUGACUCAGAAUGAGAUUCUCAAGGAGCAGAUUAAAAUAUAUGAAGAAGACUUUAAACGAGAAAGAGCUGACAGAGAAAGAAUAAGUGAAGAGAAAGGGGAACUACAGCAACUAAAUCAGCAGUUACUGUCCCAAUUCAGCAAGAUAAGCACUGAGAAAAAAGAAAUGACACAUAAUAACCAAAGACAGCAUGCCCAGUCUCAGUUAUGUUGUUCACCAACUGGGAAAUAUGGAAACCUUGAGCACUUGGCACAGAAUAAAGACUGUGUAAACAGACCUUACCAUGAGCCCCACAAAAGGAAUAACCUUCACCACAAAACACAUGUUCCAGAUUACCAGUGGUAUGUUCCAGACCAGCUUCCUCCAGAUGUGCAGCAGAAGGAGAAUGAAGCGAAACUCUACUGAAAUAAUUGAAGACCUUGCUUUGGAACGCCCUUGCCUUUAAUCAUACCAUACGUGGAAGUAAAAAAAAGCAUUUGAGAUUGGUGGGACCUUGUUGGCUCUGCUGAGAUUGCCUUUGAUAUAAUUUGUUACCUCAGUACCAGUGAUAUGGGGGUUAUUUAUCAGAGGUUGAAUUUUAGAGGUUUUUUUAUACUUCGAAUUAACUCAAAUGCACUCACAACUCGAAUGGAUUCUAAUUUAAGAAAAAACUCACAUGGGAAAAACUCAAUUCAGCGAGUUCAGGGUGAACAACCUGAAAACUCGAAUUGAUCAAGUUUUCGGUGGGAAAAAACUUGAAUCUCUUGAAUCAUUGCAGUUUUCGGGCUAAGCCCUCAGAAAAAAAACUCGAACAUCAUGAAGGCCUUUAACAUCUUCAAAUGGUUCAAGGGUCCUCUGCCAUUGAAUCCUACAUGACUUCGACAGGU